AUGGCAGAACCUGCUCGCAUCAUUCGGGAGUCUCAAAAAUACAAUCCUGGAAUAGUGGCUCUACGAUUCCUGACUACUCGGAUCAAUUUUGUCACUGGCUCAGACAAUAUCUUGACCUUGUGGCGGUCAAAGGAUCUGGACGCUAAGGUAGUAACUGCUUUCUCCCUAAGCUGGUUUUUUGCAACUCCAAAAAAUUCCAUGAACAUCUACGAAACUGACGACUCUGGCAUCAAUCCCAAACCUCAUCCUGCUAGUAUCGGAAUUGAGGUAAAAAACCGCUACUACUAUCAGAACAGGAAGGCCAUUGUAGGCUUUUUUAAUGGAACCGGAUUAAAGAGCAUGGCCGGUAGAUUCUCAUUAUUGCUAGGAAGGGAGAUCAAUAACAUGGAUCUCGGUUCCGAAUGGAUCCCGUGCAAGGAUCUGUAUCGCUUCAUCCAGGAUCUAGUGAUAGGCCCGGCCGUGGAGUCGAUGUGUGGACCAGUCCUCUUAGAUCAGAAUCCAAAUUUUGGCAAUGACUUGUGGCAACUCGAUGAGGACAUCUACUAUUUCUUCAAAGGCUACCCCAAAUGGCUGGUACCAGCCGCCUUCCAAAAUCGAUCAAAGCUGCUCAAUGGCAUGAAAAUGUGGCAUCGAUAUGCUCGAGACAACUUUGAUGAGUCUUCCAUUGAGUCAGACGAUCACGACCGCUUUUACGGUUCACCUCUUAUACGGGCUCGCCAAGAAUAUCUCUCAAACUUUAAUGAAAUGGACGAUGAUGCUCUGGCAUCACAAGAUCUUGGCUUGCUUUGGGCAGAAAAUGGCAACUCUAUUCCUGCCAUAUUUUGGAUGAUGUACGAGGCUCUUCAACGCCCGGACGUGCUGGCAAAAGCUCUGGAGGAAGUCAUGGCAUCUGAUUACUCGUCAAGCCUUAAUAGCAACCCCUUAAUCAACAGCGAAGCAUUAUGCAACAUGCCUUUCUUGCAAUCCAUGUAUGCAGAGACGUUGCGGUUGUACACCUCGCUCUUCACUAUACGAAGUGCUACCCAUGGCAACUUCGACAUUGCCAACUUCACGAUUCCAAGAAACGAAAUCAUCGCGGUCGAUAGCCAUGUCUCUGGUAGAGACUCACGGAUUUGGAAUACUGGAUCUACAGAAUCUGCUGGCGCUGGUCCUCACCCUCUCGAUCAAUUUUGGGCAGAGAGAUUCCUCAUUUUCCCAAAUGAUCCAGAAAGUGGGCCACUGCGGGCUAAGAGUCUAAGGCGGGGGCCAAGUUUAUCGACGUCGACGCCUCGCAAUGAGUCUGGUGGCCCAUACUUCUCCCUAGACGGUCUAGCAGGCGCGUGGACUCCCUAUGGAGGCGGUAAUCGACAAUGUCCGGGUCGCAAUUUUGCUAAGCAAGAGAUCAUUCUAGGCUUCGCCAUUGUGUUCUCUAUGCUCGAUGUCGAAUUGACAGGGCCAAAUGAAGAACCGGUCAAGCCGGACAUGAAGUUCUACGGCUUGGGUACUCUCCCACCAAAAGCAAAAGUGCCAUUCAGGCUUAGAAGACGGGUAUGA